GUCCGGUUUGACUUUUUCACAUUAAAUGUCAUCGUGUUAAAUUAGCACGUGUUGCGACAAAAGUUUUUGUGUUAAAAUGGGGCUUGACAAAGUGCAGUCGCACAGGCCAGGAGUUUUUAAACAAAGCAACAAGUCCCAUAAACACGGGCGUCACCGUUCUAAAGGCUCAAUUAGUAGUGAUGCUAAAGGAAAAUUCUCCGUGAAAACACUAUCCAAGAAGAUAAAACGAAGUUUAAAUAGAGAAGAACGACGUCAUCAAGCUUUACAAAUCCGACAAAAUAAAAGAACUGAGGUUUUAAAUAAAAAGCGGUCAUUGGGGGGGCUUGAUCAUGCACCAUUUCUGGUUUGCUUGCUCCCUUUGAACAAAGCCAUUGACGCUAAUGAAGUUUUAGAACGUUUGACUAAGUGUGACUCGGAAGCUGUAGUUAAUAAAAGUCCAACAGGAGUCACACAUAUCUGUACGCCAAGAUUUAAGCAAAAAUUCUCAUUUGUUGUCCCUUCAAAUGAUAAUGAGCUAACCGUUUUAGAUGCUUUAAAAGUUUGUGACACAGUAGUGUUCUUAAUAUCCACGUCUGGAGGUGUUGAAGAGGAUAAAUUAAUAGAUAAAUGGGGUCAGAAUAUUUUAAUGUCAUCUUUUUCACAGGGUCUACCAACACCAGUGGUUGCUAUAACAGAUUUAGAAAGCAUCACUCAAAAAAGAAGAAAUGAUUACAAGCAACAAAUACAGAAAUUAAUUUCAAAGUGGCUUCCUGAUGAGAAAGUCACCACAAUUGAGAAUGAUUCAGAUGGUAUCAAUCUGUUGAGAAAAAUUGGUAGUCAAAAAAGGAGAACUGUAUUGUAUAGGGAUAGAAGACCCCAUAUUUAUGCAGAACAUGUUGAGUUUGUUCCAAAUGAAUUAGGGCCAUAUGGCACUUUGAAAGUAACAGGGUACUUACGUGGUUCUACAAUGUCAGUAAAUGCCUUAGUACACAUACCAGGUGUUGGAGACUUUCAAAUGCUUCAAAUAGAUGCUCCUCCUGAUCCCUAUAAUACUGACAAAAAUAAAAAUAGAAGCUCAAUGGUUGAUGACACAGUGAACACAAGAAUCUUAGAUACAGCUGACGUUGCUAAACAAGAAUCACUUGACGCCGAAAACCUUCCUGAUCCAAUGGAUGCUGAACAAACUUGGCCCACCAAUGAAGAACUAGAAAUGGCAGAAAAAGAAAGCAAGGUUAAAAAGGUAAAAAAAGUUCCUAAAGGAUGGUCAGACUAUCAAGCUGCUUGGAUUCCUGAUGAUGAUGCUGAAUUUCAAGCAGACUUGGAUGACUCCUCUGAUGAAGAGUCAAACAAAGAUAUGGAUGCCAUGUCUGAGGAAAAGUCAGAAGCUUCUGAUAACGAAGACCGAGAAUUUGAUACCAUGACAGAGUCUGAAGUUGCACCCAAUGAUGAAAAAUAUGACCAAGAAAUGGACUUUAUGGAAGAAAGACAAGAACUGGAAAAACUCAAAGCAGCAAAAGGUGAUCGAAUGUUUCCUGAUGAGGUGGAUACACCUUUGGAUGAACCUGCCAGAGUAAGGUUCCAGAAGUAUAGAGGGUUAGAAAGCUUCAGAACAUCACCUUGGGACCCAAAAGAAAAUUUGCCAUAUGAUUAUGCUAGAAUCUUCCAGUUUGAAAACUUUGAUAGAACUAAAAAACGGGUUAUAAAGGAACAGGAGGACGUUGAUGGUGCUAAGCCUGGGUGGUAUGUGACAGUUCAUGUGAAAGAUGUUUCUCAACUGUUAUGGUCCAAUUUUGAAAAAAUAAAUGGACCUCUGAUACUAUUUGGUUUACUUCCUCAUGAAUAUAAAAUGUCUGUUGUGAAUGUUGUUCUGAAAAGGACUCCAAACUAUUCUAUACCUAUCAAGUCAAAAGAAAGAUUAAUAUUCCAGUGUGGGUAUAGAAGAUUUGUGACUAACCCCAUAUUUAGCCAACACACUAAUGGCCAGAAGCAUAAAUUUGAAAGAUUUUUCCAACCAGAAUCCACUGUGGUUGCAACAUUCUUUGGCAGAAUUCAGUUUCCACCAUCACCAGUUCUCUGUUAUAAAGAAGAAGGGGGUCAGUUGACUUUAGUAGCUACAGGAAGUUUACUCUCUUGUAAUCCAGACAGGAUUAUUUUAAAAAGAAUUGUUUUAUCAGGUCAUCCUUUCAAAAUUUAUAAAAGAUCUGCUGUCAUCAGAUUUUUGUUCUUUAAUAGAGAAGAUAUUAUCUAUUUUAAACCUUGUAAACUAAGAACAAAAAUGGGGCGCUCAGGACACAUAAAAGAACCUUUGGGUACACAUGGACACAUCAAAUGCGUAUUUGACGGUCAAUUAAAAUCGCAAGAUACCGUACUUCUAAAUCUAUACAAAAGAAUAUUCCCCAAGUGGACGUACGAGGAUCUUAUUGUUAGCGUUGUAAACAACGAGGAAAUGGAAACAUGAGUAAUACUGAUGAUAAAAAUAUCAUGUAUACUAUUUAUUAUUGUUGAAUAAAAACAGAUUUUAAAAAUG